AUGGCGUCCAGAAAGAAAGGUUUGUCUUUGGAGGAAAAGCGUGCAAAGAUGCUGGAAUUAUUCUACGAAACUCAGGAGUUCUACCAAAUGAAAGAACUUGAGAAGAUUGCUCCGAAGAAAAAGGGCAUCAUAGCCCAGUCUGUGAAGGAAGUUACCCAGUCAUUAGUAGAUGAUGGUCUCGUGGAGUGUGAAAAGAUAGGCACUUUCGUUUGCUACUGGGCAUUCCCAUCGAAAGCUUUGCAAGUGGUAAUUCAUAUUGUACCUUUCCUGCAUCUGUUUCAUUUGUUCUGUAUUCAAGAGAAAGCGGAGAUUAGAAGAAUUGAAGUCUUCAGUUUGCGAGCUGGAAGAGAAAAUCAAGGAAGCCAACUCUGA